AUGGCCACUGCCAUGGUCGCCUCUGAAUCUUCUCUCAGCAGUCGUGUUUCCCUGAUUUCCCUCGACCCGGCGGUCGCUAGUCACAUCACCGGCACUACGAGGACCACCACGGUUCCCUCGGCGUCGCAGUAUGGAUCGAGUCCGAGAAAAAGUAUGAAGACGCCCGACACCGAAGUUUCCCGCAGCCACAAUAGAAAUAAUUCUGCUCCCAGUGUUUCGGACAAGAAGGGAUCGACGUCGCUCAGGCGCGUCAAGGAUAGUACAGAGGUCUUGAGGCAGCGCUCGACAAAAUCAUCCAAAAAGCCAAAACAGUCGCUGGAGACGGUCCCCGACAACGUCCACGGUCGCAACUUCACUGUUGGCAAUGUGGGAACCGGUGGGAUCCUUUACUUGACGCCCUCAACGCAUCAGAGAGGCAAUGCGUCUCCACACUCUAUUGCCUCACCUGCGCAUGUGUCGUCGGCAUCACCACCUGUCCUGAGUAAUGGCGAACAGUGGCCUCCAGCGAAUGAAAAGGUGCCAACCACCCGGUCCGUGUCCUCUUCUCAGUCUCAACAAACGGCCUCUUCGAAACGGUCUGUUAGACCUUCACCAAGGCCUAAGGUCUUCCCUAGUCACGGCCGGUCGCAAUCCUUCUCUACCAUUGAAGACCAUCGUCAAUCUUUGCUGGUUCCACAGUCGCGGACGCUGAGGAUUGUUAUCAAUCGCCCCGAGACCGCGAGACCAAAGACAGCCCAAGAGUCCACCGAAGAACCGGCUCUAGAUUUCCAUCAUACCCUAGAAGUUCCUAUUCCACACUAUCGUAUCGGUACUUUUCGCCUCAGUUCCAAUGGAACCCCAGUGCUGCGGGGAUCUUCAUUCACAAGGGCGUCUCUUACACCCUCGGAUGUCACCCCUACUCAAGCAAUUAUGCAGGCAGAGGGCCUUUUUGCGAAACCCCCGCCUGCCAGCCUCAAAGCUUUCGCAAAACUCGAAGCAACGGAGACAAGUGUCGAGGAAGCAGCACCCGCCACACCUGUUAUGCCACCGCUCUCCAAGGCUACAUCCACAACGACUUCCAGCUUGUCUAGCAUCGUCCAGCCCCAAGUAUUUGACCACCUGACCCAGAUGUACGAUGACCCUUCAGUUGUCCGGUAUUGCCAGAACGUGAGGGAAAUCACCGCGGCCACUCCUGCUCGGAUCAUUGCUCAAAUCUCGUCGGACUCUUUCAUGGACUAUGAACUGGUCUCCGACUUUUUCCUCACAUUUCGAUCCUAUAUGUCAACUUAUCAAGUGCUUGAUCUUCUCCUCGCGAGGUUGAGGUGGGCUAUUAGUCGCUUGGAAGAGGACGGCAGGAUCAUCCGCGUACGCACAUUCGCCGCCCUUCGUCAUUGGAUUCUGAACUAUUUUAUGGAUGAUUUUUUGAUUGACCACCGCCUUCGGGUUCGUUUCUGCAACGAGGUCAACACGUUAUACAACGACGUCAAGGCAAAUCCCGAGAAUGGGUUUAGCGACCUCAAACUCUUGCGCGACUUAAAGCGGUGCUGGAACGGUCGCUGCUCAUUAUGCUGGGGCCCUGAGAACUUUGAUCUGGACGGCGAACAGGAGGAAGACAUUCGGCCUGGAGGACUGGCCGAGACUGACCGUACACCAAGGCCGCGGCUCGGCGUUCAGCCUGCCCAGGCACAUCAUGAUCCCGCUCAAGCUCCAGUCCUGCGAGGGCCACAACAGAGUUGGUUCGAAGCAGAUCCUGUUAUCAGACCAAGCCACGAUCGUCAAGUUUCAGAAAAUUCUGGUCUCCUCAGCGAUGGCAGCGUCCAAGCAACUUCUUGCUUUGUUCCUAAGCACCUUCUGCGACCUGGUGGUAGUGGGGGUGAAAGCCAUUCCAAAGCUCCUCAUCCUGUUUCCGUUCAAUUGAGGCGAAAGAAUGCGCCUGCGAACCUGCAAGUGGUCACUCAGCCCACACCGGCCCAAAAGGUCAUCGGCCACAGGAGAGGAGCAAGCUCUAUUGACAGCAAUAGAGAGCCCACCCCUCGCAAAGUAGCUCCUGAGCCUUCCGCCCGGGCUGUGGAAGACGGAAGUAUCAUCCGAGGACUUCUUUACAGUCCAAGCACCCCUUUCGUCCAGAUUGUAUCUUCCCACUCCACUCAGUCGCUUGACAGACACGAAAUGGGGGCCUCACGGGGAGGACCUAGAAGGGAGCAUGGUACACAAUCAGCGACUCCACCUGUUGCGAGGAACAUCUUUGGUUCUUUGCGAAAAGUCCUCGGAAGUAAACAUGGUCAUAUCGACAUGACCCUUCUCACUGUUUCUCAGCCUGCUCAAGAUGUGCCGAUUCGAGGCCAAACAGCACAUUUACCUCUCAAUGUGUCCAAAUCUCAUGACGAGCUACGUAACAAGCCGGGAGCAGGUAUGCCCAGAAAGGGCGAAAUGCGCAUUGAUCUCCUCUCGGCUGCGGCAUGCCAGAACUACGAGACUAGGUUUCCUUCGAAACAUCGAAUCAGUUACGCGCCCUUCUUUGCGACCAACCGUCCUCUUCAACCAACCACAUCUACUGGAGACGAGAAUGAGCCACAGCGUAUGCCAAGUCAUGCUACUCGUCAAAGUGGCUCCAUUUUGAUAGUUGACGAUACGCGCCCAGAUUUUCCUUCCAUGUCUGGCGCGCUCCCACCGCCAGACAAUGACUUUGACUAUGGGGAAGCCGGUCCGUUGCCGUUGCUUAGCGUUCAUGAUGCUACACUGCUGGAUGAUCGAAAGGCAAGCUUUGACGCAGUUGCGACGCAAAGGAGCUCGAACGUUCUUCCGCAUGAUAUAGAUCUCCCACCAGCACAAGAGAGGGGUGGCAGUUUGGAGGAGGUCACAACAGACCCAACUGAGCCGGAUAACAUGCUCGAGGCCUGGCCCGAGGCUCCCAGUACGAUCAAGAGAGCACAUUCUCCUACAACGGCCAGUUCCAGAACUGUUCGGGAAGACAUCAAGCCAGUAGAUCCUCCUGUGGAUGGUGAUCUUGACAUCGAGCCUGAAGAGGCUUCCGUCUCAGAAAGCAUGCAGGACGGAGAUGUCGAUGUCCGUCAAUCGGAAUCGGAGGUCAGAUUACCACCACAGACUCUUAGACGGAGGCCAGGAGGAGACUUGCGUCGGGUCGAAAAUGUGCAAGAAUUGGACCAUACAUUUCACCAUGCUUCGAUGGAUACCGCCAGCGCAAUAUCUGAAUCACCUCACGAAUCGUUACUUAUCAUGAAAACAGACACUGUGCGGCGCAUUCCUUCGCCAGAGGGCCCUCCACCUAAUAAACCUAUCUCUCUGAUCAAUACACAUUCCUCACAACACCUCCGGCCUUCUUUCGAGGCAGCUGUUGCUGGUUUCUCUGCCAUUCCCGACGACGAAGAUGGCGGACUCGAGGCAACCUUAAUGAAGCUUGAGGGCCGUUAUGAGAAGAGGUCACCACCCAUGGAACAGCAUCCGCUGGAUACUGCCGCGCGGCGGCGAUCACUUCCAGAGCUGAGUCGAAUGUCUCACCCAGAACCUGGCCAUUCCGUAGGGGCAACCGACCAUUCAGUGCCGGCUCCUCCUCUAUCCGAGAACGUCCGCACAACAGUCGACGAAGUUGCCUCGGAGCAGUCGGCUGACGAACCCCUCACACCAGAGCCCUUGGUGGUGGAAGCAAAGCCAAGGUCCUCUCGUCGCUCCUCGAUCUACGGACUUCCGACCGAAAGUGUAGCCGAUUCUGAUGAGUCUUAUGGAUCUCUGCCAUUGUUGAAACGUGAAGCUGGCCAUGAGAGUACUGCUGAACCUUUGCCUGUCAAACCAGCCACAGACUUGCCUAUGGUUGCCCCGGGUUACUUUCCGCAAGAUCCUCCGCAGUUAUUUCACCUCCCCAAAGGACCUCCGCCGAGCGGAAACAAGCACAGAGCCAGCAUUCCACGACCCGAGACUGCCAAUGACAGUGCGCGAUCCUUCCUUCUGGACGAAGAUGAGAAUCUUUCGGACCUAUCCUCGGAGAUUUCUGUGGACAUCAUCAAUUAUUCAGAGGUUGCGGGUCGCUCUAUUUCGCCCAUGCUUGCUGCCCCGGGAACGGCUAUUUCGGGAUUGGAGAUCCCAGCACACCCGUUGACCUAUGCAUCGGUGGUGAAUUUGCGUAUUCCUACUCCACCGGAACGAGCCUCUGAUCCUCUCCCACAGGUCAAGACAGCACAAGCCAAUAAGCCUCCGCACAACGAUCAGCCAGCGCGCAAACAGCAAGACCCAUCAUCCACUCAGCCGCUAGCACGUCUGCCAGCCGGUCCGGCGCAUAUGCCCUUUGUUCUCGCUUGUGAUUCACAGGUUCUUGCCCAACAAAUGACACUCGUGGAAAAGUCUGCGUUAUCUGAAGUGGAGUGGUCAGACCUGGUCGAAAUGCGGUGGGAUAACAAGAACGCUGAAGUUCUGGAUUGGGUCGAGUGCGUGUCAAGUGGGAACGUUCGAGGAAUCGAUCUCGUCAGCACACGCUUCAACUUGGUUGUCAAAUGGGCGUUGUCUGAAAUUGUUUUGACGCAGGACAUUCAUGAAAGAGCUCGAGUCAUCACCAAAUAUAUUCAUGUCGGUGCACAUGCUCGCCGAUUGCACAACUACGCGACAAUGCUACAACUCACGCUUGCGCUCACCUCCACCGACUGUGCGCGACUCGUGAAGACUUGGGAGCUGGUGUCAAACCCGGACAAGGCGCUGUUGAAGAACAUGGAAGCACUCGCGCAACCUUUGCGCAACUUCCACGAUCUUAGAGCGGAAAUGGAAUCGUCGGAUCUGAGCGGCGGCUGUAUUCCUUUUCUAGGAUUGUAUAUUCGUGACUUGACAUAUAAUGCACAGAAGCCCUCCCAUGUUGCAGGCGCUCGCGGGACCGAGUCGCUCGUCAACUUCGAACGUUACAGGAGCACGGCUAUUAUUGUCAAGGGGCUUUUACGGCUAAUUGACGCCAGUUCAAGGUACAACUUCGAACCGCUCCCGGGAAUAAUCGAGCGGUGUCUCUGGUUGGCCGCCCUUGGCGAUGAUCGAAUACGAAGCGCAAGCAAGACAUUGGAAAACUAA